GUAGGUAGCUUACGUUUUGUGUUGCUGAUUUUUUACAAUGUGGUGGCUUUUAUUUGGAAUACUAGCUACAAAUAUAGCAACAUGUUUCUCUCAAGUCACCCUGCCAAACCAACCCAUAAAAGAUGCUCUGUUCCUCCACAACUUCGUAAGCAGUAACCUGACCCUUCGCGACUGCAAAUAUCGACCCUACGACGAAAAGGACAUGUGUCCAGAUCCCGACAUCCGCUAUUUUUUAUAUAGCAAAGGAAAAAAACAGGAAGUGGACUAUACUCAGAGCGAUUGGUUGAGGCAGAGCAUUUGGGAUCCUAAUAAAGAGGACAUUUUCUUGAUUCAUGGCUAUGCUGGAGGGGAUGAUAUGCUGCCCAUGGUGGUCUUAAGGGAUGCAUAUAACACUAACGGUAGUUAUAACGUGUGGGUAGUAGAUUGGGGAAGCUUAGCCCCGCCUCCUUGUUACCGGGCAGCUGUCAACAACAUGAGGGCAGUGGCCAAGUGCACUGGGGACCUGCUAACUUCAUUGAGGCUUGCUGGUUUGAGAACAGAAAGGUUGACUUGUGUGGGUCACUCAUUAGGUGCACAUGCCUGCGGUUUAAUCUCCCGUUUCGUGACCUUCCGGCUACAUAGAAUCGUCGGUCUAGAUCCAGCCAGGCCGCUGGUGACGGCCCCCAAUCGUCUGACCAGUGGAAAUGCGGGUGCUGUACAUGUCCUGCACACAAAUGCCGGUCACUACGGUGAAGCAGGAAGAGGAGGACACGUAGACUUCUGUAUAAACGGCGGCAGGAUACAACCGUACUGCGAGGAAAUGGAUAUUGACACUCAGCUCUGCAGUCACGUAUGGGCAGUCUGCUAUAUGGCAGAGAGCCUUUUUCCAGGACAAUCCAAAAGCGCAGAACCUUGCACCAGAAGAUGUCCUACAGGACCUAGACCAGGCAAUCGAGUGGGAUUACCGAUAGUAAUGGGCCAAAGUACGCCACUGACGGCUUCCGGAUCUUACUGUAUUCAUGAUAACUAUCCUCCUUUCUGUCCCGUUCAUCAGGGAGCAAUCGGGGACAAAAGGUGUUGCUUGUUAACACCAGAAAUAGCACAAUCAGUAAAUAUAGAACCUAUGGAAUCCACUACACCAAAUGUGUUUAGCUAAGAACUGGAAGGCCAUAUGUGUAAUUUCAUUGACAAUCUGGGACAGUUCAGUUUAGAAAUUAAUAAUUUCUUAAGUGCUUUAAAAGAGAAAAUCAAUUUUAUUACCGGUUAUUUCAGAUGUCAACUUGAACCGAUCAAAACUGUGCCUUUUCUAUGUAUUAAUUCUUAUAAUAAUACGAGAUUGACACAGAUUUAAUUUCUAUUUAGUGGUACGUGAACAUUGGCGCUUCGUAAGCCAUUUUUAACUGCUUAAAUUUUGGACUUGAACUUGAAGACUGUUAUGUUGCACGUAGUGUUAAGUGUUUGUAUUCAUAGCUGACUUUGUCGAAAAUUAAACAAUAGCGGCUUUCCUCGGCUUACAUCAAUUGUUUAAAAAACACUAUCUAAAAUCUUUAACGGUGAAUCCGAACUAUUAUUAUUUAGG